CCCACUUUCUGCCUGCCUGCCUCCUGCCUGCCUGCCACAGAAGACUCGAAAAGCCACCAACAACCUAUUUCAUGACGAAGUAGUUGCUUCAAUGUCUCUUUUUUCUUGCUUUUACCGCCCUUUCGUCGCCUUUCCCGUCAACAUGUAACCCGAGACUGCUUCAUGUGGCGUCGACUCUCGGCUACACGCCUCCACAACCUCCAGUAUAAUAAAGACAGCUCUUCUGAGAAGAUGGAUGCGUGAGCUGCUCAGAGACACAGAAACCCAGAAAGAGGCCUCUGGUCACUCGCUCAGCUGAGAGGAGACAGUGCCACUUUAACAAGUUGACAUGAUUGCCGAGGCAGAAGGGAAAGGACCUCCAGCUGCGGAGUCCACAGCAGCACACAUGUCUUCUUGUAACACCCAGCAGGUACAAAGUGGGGCGUCCGUGUCGUCCCCGCCUGGGGCCCCCUCGCAGCCCCAUGUCUCCACCACCACUGAGGAGGACGACGAAAGUGAAGAUGAGUCGGACAUCCUGGAAGAGAGUCCGUGUGGACGUUGGCAGAAGCGCAGAGAGGAGGUGAAUCAACGUAAUGUGCCUGGGAUAGACACCGCCUACUUGGCCAUGGACACUGAGGAAGGGGUUGAAGUAGUGUGGAAUGAAGUAAUGUUCUCAGAGAGGAAGAACUUCAAACUUUUGGAGGAAAAGGUGAAAGCAGUAUUUGACAACCUAAUACAUUUGGAGCAUGCAAAUAUCGUCAAGUUCCACAAGUAUUGGAUUGACACCAAGGAGAACCGGGCGCGGGUGAUUUUUAUCACUGAGUACAUGUCAUCAGGAAGUUUGAAGCAGUUCCUGAAAAAGACCAAAAAGAAUCACAAGGCCAUGAAUGAAAAAGCUUGGAAGAGAUGGUGCACACAGAUCCUGUCGGCUCUCAGUUAUCUGCACUCCUGUAACCCGCCCAUCAUCCAUGGCAACCUGACCUGUGACACCAUUUUCAUCCAGCACAAUGGCCUCAUUAAAAUAGGAUCAGUGGCUCCAGAUACUAUCAACAACCAUGUGAAAACUUGCCAUGAAGAACAAAAGAACCUCCAUUUCUUUGCACCAGAGUACGGAGCUGUCGCUGACGUCACCACAGCUGUUGACAUCUACUCGUUUGGCAUGUGUGCCCUCGAGAUGGCUCUUUUGGAAAUCCAUGGAAAUGGGGAGUCUUCGUUCGUUUCUGAAGAGGCCGUCAUCACUGCAAUACAGCUGCUGGAGGAUCCACUGCAGAGGGAGCUAAUACAGACAUGCCUGGAGUGUGACCCAUGUACGAGGCCCACUGCCCGAGAGCUGCUUUUUAACCAGGCUCUGUUUGAAGUGCCACUACUGAAGCUACUGGCUGCUCACUGUAUUGUCAGCCAUCAAUACAUGAUCCCUGAAAACGCCCUGGAAGAGAUCACCAAAAACUUGGACCCCAACUUAGUCAUAGCAGACAAGAAAGAUGAUGUCCAGCUCAAGCUUUCACAAUUUCCAGCCUUGGAGCUUGAUAAGUUCCUGGAAGAUGUACGAAACGGUAUUUAUCCCAUGACGGCAUUCGGGCUUCCCUCUCCAAAGCAGCUCCAACAGGAGAAUGUUCAAUCCCCAGUUGUCAUUCCUUUGGUCAAGUCCCCCACACCUGAGCCUGCAGAACUGGAGACACGGCGGGUCAUCCAGAUGCAGUGUAAUGUUGACCUCCUUGAGGAGGGAGACAAAUAUCAUCUGACGUUGCUGCUGAAGCUGGAGGAUAAGCUAAACCGACAUCUAAGCUGUGACAUGUUACCUCAUGAAAAUCUUCAAGAGUUAGCCGAAGAGUUGGUGCAACUGGGCUUCAUCAGUGAGAUGGACCUCAACAAAAUAGCCACUCUCCUUCAAGAAACCUUCAGCCAAGCUCUGACUUAACUAAAUACUCCAAAAACAAUGUCUGUUACAUUUUCCCUUUAAGCAUUCAACAUGCUGGACUUCUCAUUUUUUUGUUACUGAAUCUUCAAUUGAAUGUGACCAAACCCAGACUGUUACAUCAGGGAUGAAAACUUCACAAGUGCAUUUAGAAUAGAGUGUAAAUAAGAACUUUUGCCAUGCAGUGGGAGGAUCUACACACACACCAAAAAUUAUCAAUGAGCUCGGCUGUGCCUUUUGUAUGCACGAGUCCACACUUUUGACUUGACUGUUACAGUAGACGUCUACAUGAUGACAGCACAUUCCCAGCAUGAAAUGGUUUGUAUGAUACGGAAGCCUUUGGAACAAGAGUACAAGUUGUGUGGUGACAAUCUUGCCAAGUAUCUCUGUGGAAAUGUUACUUUUGAGGGACUGUGAAAUCAGUGGGUUAUUUUUUGUUUCUCCACUUUAAAAUCUCUUAUCUCAGUUCAACUGCUUUUAACAAAAAAAUAAGUGUGCCUUUCAACAUCCAUUAACCAUCUGUACGAGUGUCAUUGUUUUUAUUUAUGUUACAGAUACUGUACACUUUCUUUGUUCUCACCAUCAUAGUAUCUGAGCCACUUUGCAAACAUCACUUCUAUUUUUGCAUUCAUUUCACUAUUAAGUUAGAUCCAAGUGUUGCUGUGACAUUGUGCCUUAGAGCGUGACAGACACACAAUGUUAUAAGUUAUCUAUCUCUAUGUGUUAUGGUGGUGUUGAAACAGGUUAUUGUUUAUUUUCCCUCCAAAGGCUGUAUUUGGGAUCUGUAAUUGUCAUGAAUUAUGUUUUUUGUUUUUUUUUUAGAAUGUGCAGCUGCUCUUUGAAAUGUGUGAAAAUGGACGUUAAUAAAGGCGGGAAAACGGCCUUUUAUUCAA